UGCAUGUCCACUGGAGGCAGGUUCAACUUUGACGAUGGGGGGUCAUACUGCGGCGGGUGGGAGGAGGGCAAGGCACAUGGCCAUGGGAUCUGUACAGGGCCCAAAGGCCAGGGCGAAUACUGCGGUUCCUGGGCCCAUGGAUUUGAGUUGCUGGGUGUCUACACCUGGCCCAGCGGAAACACCUACCAGGGCACCUGGGCUCAGGGCAAGAGACAUGGUGUGGGUGUUGAGAAUAAGGGCCGCUGGGUGUACAAGGGUGAGUGGACGCAUGGCUUUAAGGGACGCUACGGCGUGCGUGAGAGCAUGGGGACGAGUGGAAAGUACGAAGGAACCUGGAGCAAUGGGCUGCAGGACGGAUAUGGAACAGAAACAUACUCAGAUGGAGGAACAUUUCAGGGCCAGUGGGUUGGUGGGAUGCGGCAUGGCUACGGAGUUCGUCAGAGCGUCCCAUAUGGCAUGGCAGCUGUCAUACGCUCUCCACUCCGCACCUCUAUAAACUCUCUCCGCUCUGGUUCAGAGCACAGCAAUGGUACAGCAUUGUUGGACCGGACUGGGGCAGUGGUUCCUGGUCCCCUUCCUGUUCCUGGAACUUUGACAACCAGUGUCUCCAUGUGCAGCACAGGCAGCAGUGGCAGUAGUCCUGCUGUGUCUCGUGGAGGUUUUGUGCUAACAGCACACAGUGAAGCCGAACUGCUGAAGGGGAAAAGGAAAGGUGGGCUGUUCCGGAGGUCUAUUCUGUCUGGGCUAAAGCUGAGGAAGUCAGAAUCCAGAAGCUCUUUGGCCUCCCAGAGGUCUAAACAGAGCUCCUUCAGAAGUGAGGCUGGGAUGAGUACUGUUUCAUCUGCUGCAUCUGAUAUCAACUCUACUAUCAGUCUUGGAGAUGCAGACACAGAUUUGGCUGUUGCCGAUGAUGAAGUGGACGCCACUGCAACAGAGACCUACAGUGGAGAGUGGAAAAAUGACAAGCGGACUGGAUUUGGUGUGAGUCGACGGUCUGAUGGGCUGCAAUAUGAGGGGGAGUGGCUAAGCAACAAACGCCAUGGCUAUGGCUGCACCACUUUUCCUGACGGCACAAAAGAAGAGGGAAAGUACAAACAAAACAUCCUAGUGAGUGGCAAAAGGAAGAAUCUGAUCCCUCUCCGGGCCAGUAAGAUCAGAGAGAAGGUCGACAGAGCUGUUGAGGGAGCUCAGAAGUCAGCUGACAUUGCCCGGCAAAAGGCUGAGAUUGCCCUCUCCAGGACAGCUCAUGCACAGGGUAAAGCAGAGGCAGCAGUAGGAGCAGCUCAAAAAGCCCAAGAUGAGAGCCGCAUGGCAAGGGUUACCGCCAAACAAUUUUCUCCUUCCUUCCAGCACCCAGGAAAUGGCACGGAGGUCCAGCGUCCAAAACGUCAGGUGUCCAGUGAGAUGGAGGGGGAGGGAUUGUCAAGUAGCGCUGGCACGGCAGACAGCCCAGACCUCUAUGUAAAAAGCACAGGCUCGGACGAUCCCUCUAAUGAUGCUGCCACCCCUGACCUCAGUCCCCCUUCUUCCUCACCCCCCCAUACCCCUCCUCCCCCAGCUCGGCCUACACAGCGCAGCAAGAGUGCCCGCUUCCACCGACAAAGUGCUGUGGACCACACUGACAGGGGAAGGGAUAUGGUUGAAAAAGCUGAAAAGAGUGGGGGAGGGGGGCAGACAGAGAUCCAGGUAUUAAUGGAGGGAGGAAGUGGGGGGGCUCAUAUAGGAGGAAAGGGAGAGUAUCCAAGAGCCAGCACGUGGAAUGAGGACAAGAGAAGAGGUAUGUUUCCAAAGUCUGGUGGGGUUAGUGGAAGAGGAGCAAGUCGGACCAAUGGCCACAAACAUAGCUCCUCCAAUCACAAGUCCAGGGAGCAUGGGUCAUCAAAUCAUAGACAGACCAGAAGGGACAAGUGGACAGAGUCGUCCUCUUCUGCCUCUUGGACGUCAGGGCACAGGGGUGUGCAUGGCAGGAGUGGCAGGCUGCUUGAGCAGGAUGAGGAAAAAAUAAGCAAUUACGAGAUGGAGAUGAAGCCUUUACAGCCCAGAGACUCAGCUACCCACAAGCCCCAUGGGCAUGGGGAAGAGAGGCAUGGGCACAGUCAUCUUCAAGGAGAAGGGCGCUCGCACACAGUGCAACGACAGAGGCAUAAGAACCGAGAUGGGAAGGAGAGGAGGGAAGGAAGAGAGGGUAAAGAAGGGCGGGAGGGGGGUAAAGACUUGGCGCACAAACUGGACAAAACAGUGGAUAAGAUGGAAUCACGGCCUCUACGGCGGGAUCUAACACUCUCCCCUCCCCUAAAGUCCUCCCCCAUCACACCAGAGCAACAAGACCAUAACCUUCUGCAAAAAAAAUGCAACUCGGCCUACAGCUCUAUCCUGGUUGUCAUGGUGAUUCUGCUCAACAUUGGAGUGGCAAUUUUAUUUAUUCACUUUUUUAUUUAACAACAGCACCUCUUUUCAGAGUCAGCCCAUCUGCAAUCCAACAGCUAAAGAGUUUGAGUAUUAUGAUUGCUUCCCCUUUACUUUUUGGCUGAUGGAAGACCAGGGCCAAAGGAGGCUCUGCUAUCAUUUCAAGGUAGCUAAGCCUGGCUAACACCUGCAAAACUUGAUCCUGUUUUAUGCGUUGCUAAAGUGUAUAGCUCGAAGAGAAGUAAAGCAACCCAGUGAACUGGACCAAGGGGAGAUAAUAUAGUCUAAAACUGGAGUGAUGUGAUCUUCAAUUAUUCACAUACUAUAAGCUUCAAUGGG